AUGACACUACUGAGAAAAGCUAGCACAUCCAGGGAAGUCAGCAGCAUAAUUUUACCGAUAUCAUCACGUCCGUACCAUUCACGUUGUCAAGCACGACUGGCUACAUCGUGUCCCAAAAAUGAAAUUAUUUUCAUUUUAAAUCGCAAGGGAAAUCUCCUUGAUGGUGUGGUGGCAGCUGUGUCUGAAUAG